UGUAUGUUAAUUAAUUUGAUUGUUUUCAAUUUGAUUAAUUUAAUACUAUUAUAAUGAAAUUUAAUUUUUUUAAUCUUCGCAAGCUUUCCUCUAAGGCAUCAUUGUUUAAAAAUGUUCAGUUAACCAAAGAUAGAUUUCCUUAUUUAAAAAAAGGCCCAUAUGCUACGGUAGACUCUACAGAUGUUGAUUAUUUCAAAAACCUUUUAGGUGUUAACAAUUUUAUUACUGGUGAAGAAGUAAAAUCUUACAAUGAAGAUUGGUUAAAAUCUGUUUCUGGUUUUAGUAAGUAUGUGCUUAAACCAAAAACAACAGAACAAGUAUCAAAAAUUCUCAAAUAUUGUUAUAAGCRCAGUAUAGCAGUUUGUGUUCAAGGUGGCAAUACUGGUCUUGUUGGUGGUAGUGUUCCAGUUUUUGAUGAAGUAAUUUUGUCCACUUCUGCAAUGAAUUCAAUUAUUAGCUUUAAUAAAUUGUCAGGUGUUUUAGUAUGUCAGGCUGGAUGUGUAUUAGAAAAUUUGAUGAAUUAUGUUCAAAACGAAGGGUUUAUAAUGCCAUUUGAUUUGGGUGCUAAAGGCACCUGUCAGAUUGGAGGUAAUUUAGCAACUAAUGCAGGAGGUUUAAGAUUAAUUAAAUAUGGAAGUUUACAAGGAAGCGUAUUGGGAUUACAAGCGGUKUUGGCUGAUGGACAAGUUUUAGAUUGUCUUAAUACAUUAAAAAAAGAUAAUACUGGAUAUCAUUUGAAACAUUUGUUUAUUGGUUCUGAAGGAACCUUGGGAGUUAUUACAAAAAUCGCUAUUCAAUGUCCAAACACCCCAAAAUUUGUUAAUGUGUCAUUUAUUGUGGAAGAGCCUCACCAAAAAUGUUGCCCUGGCCCGCCACAAAAUGUCUUAGUAGCAGUCACUCUGUAA